UCCCAAAGAAAUAGAGUGGAAUCUCCAGAAGUUUACGGAAUAUGUCUAAAUUACAGUACAGUUGAUUAAAAGAAAAGAAAAGAAAAGAAAAGAAAUUCGAGAACUGGAAAACAAAAUAAAACUCGCAAACAUCUCAGAUUCGGGGCUCAAUCUCACUUUCUCUCACAAUUGAGGUUGUGAUGUUGAUGGAUUGAGUGCUCAUAUUGGUUAGUAUUCUUGGAAAAGGACUGAAUUUGGAUAUAAAGUGAUAGAUUUGAUCGAUAUUGUCGAUAGCAAUGGCCUGGCUUAGAGUGGGGUCCAGUGUUGCAAAGCAUGCCAUUCAGAGAACUUUAGUGCAUAGUUGUUCGUAUGCAACGCAGACGAGGACCCUGUCUGCUGGAAACAGAUAUUUGCAUUCGACUGUGUUUAGGUCAAAGGCGCAAUCUGCACCUGUUCCUCGUCCAGUUCCACUCUCCAGGCUGACUGACAGCUUCUUGGAUGGGACGAGCAGCGUGUAUCUGGAAGAGCUCCAGAGGGCUUGGGAGCAGGAUCCUAAUAGUGUUGAUGAAUCGUGGGACAAUUUCUUCAGAAAUUUUGUUGGGCAAGCUGCCACCUCACCUGGGAUUUCAGGGCAAACCAUACAAGAGAGUAUGCGACUGUUAUUGCUCGUGAGAGCAUACCAGGUUUAUGGUCACACGAGAGCCAAGUUGGAUCCGUUAGGUUUGGAAGAGAGGGAUGUCACCGAUGACCUCGAUCCAGCCCUUUACGGUUUUUCAGAAGCUGAUCUUGAUAGAGAGUUCUUCAUUGGUGUAUGGCAUAUGUCUGGAUUCUUGUCUGAGAACCGCCCAGUGCAAACCCUGAGGGCGAUAUUGAAAAGACUUGAACAGGCUUAUUGUGGAAACAUAGGCUAUGAGUACAUGCACAUUGCUGAUAGAGAAAAAUGUAACUGGCUGAGAGACAAGAUUGAGACUCCAACACCAACUCAGUAUAGUCGCCAGCGGCGUGAGGUGAUCCUUGACCGGCUUAUUUGGAGUACUCAAUUUGAGAACUUCUUAGCUGCCAAGUGGACUGCAGCCAAGAGGUUCGGGCUUGAAGGUUGUGAGACGUUGAUUCCUGGCAUGAAGGAAAUGUUUGAUAGGUCCGCAGAUCUUGGAGUGGAGAGCAUCGUCAUUGGAAUGUCGCACAGAGGGAGAUUGAAUGUUCUGGGCAAUGUUGUGCGGAAACCUCUUCGUCAGAUCUUCAGUGAAUUUAGUGGUGGUACUAAACCCGUGGAUGAAGUUGGUCUUUACACUGGGACUGGUGAUGUUAAAUAUCAUUUGGGAACCUCUUAUGACCGGCCAACAAGGGGAGGCAAGAGAAUUCACUUGUCACUGGUUGCAAAUCCUAGUCACUUGGAAGCUGUGGAUCCUGUAGUGGUUGGAAAAACUAGAGCCAAACAGUAUUACUCUAAUGAUGUUGACAGAACAAAAAACAUGGGCAUUCUGAUACAUGGUGAUGGUAGUUUUGCUGGACAAGGUGUUGUCUAUGAAACUUUGCAUCUUAGUGCUCUUCCAAACUACACUACUGGCGGUACAAUUCAUAUUGUUGUGAACAAUCAAGUGGCAUUCACUACUGACCCAAGAUCAGGGAGAUCUUCUCAGUAUUGUACAGAUGUUGCGAAAGCUCUGAGUGCUCCAAUUUUCCAUGUCAACGGUGAUGAUGUGGAAGCAGUAGUCCAUGUCUGUGAACUUGCAGCAGAGUGGCGUCAAAAAUUCCAUACAGAUGUUGUUGUUGACAUCGUGUGCUAUCGUCGAUUUGGCCACAAUGAAAUUGAUGAACCAUCAUUCACUCAACCGAAGAUGUAUAAGGUCAUCCGGAACCAUCCUUCCGCACUUCAGAUUUACCAAAACAAACUUCUAGAAUUGGGUCAAGCUACAAAAGAGGAUAUCGAUAAAAUAAACACCAAAGUCCUUUCCAUUCUAAACGAAGAAUUUAUGGCCAGCAAAGACUAUGUGCCUCUGAAAAGGGACUGGCUUUCAGCGUACUGGGGUGGUUUCAAGUCUCCUGAACAGCUCUCUCGCAUUCGUAAUACUGGAGUAAAACCUGAGAUUUUGAAAAAUGUUGGCAAAGCCGUUACAACUCUCCCAGAAACUUUUAAACCCCACCGAGCAGUGAAGAGGAUCUUUGAAGACCGUGCAAAGAUGAUUGAAACAGGUGAGGGCAUUGACUGGGCAAUGGGAGAAGCACUUGCUUUUGCAACCUUGUUGGUUGAGGGAAAUCAUGUCAGGUUGAGUGGGCAGGAUGUGGAGCGAGGUACUUUCAGCCACAGGCAUUCUGUUUUACACGAUCAAGAAACAGGGGAAAAAUACUGCCCCUUAGAUCAUGUUAUGAUAAACCAAAAUGAAGAGACGUUCACUGUUAGCAACAGCUCUCUUUCGGAGUUUGGAGUUUUAGGUUUCGAACUAGGUUAUUCCAUGGAAAAUCCCAAUUCACUGGUACUCUGGGAAGCCCAGUUUGGUGACUUUGCCAAUGGGGCUCAGGUGAUAUUUGACCAAUUUAUUAGCAGUGGAGAGGCAAAAUGGUUGCGUCAAACUGGAUUAGUUGUACUGCUACCUCAUGGAUAUGAUGGUCAAGGUCCUGAACACUCAAGUGCUCGUUUGGAGCGUUUACUUCAGAUGAGUGAUGAACAUCCCUAUGUUAUCCCCGAGAUGGACCCUACACUUAGGAAACAGAUUCAGGAAUGCAAUUGGCAGGUGGUUAAUGUUACUACUCCUGCAAAUUAUUUCCACGUGUUGCGUCGCCAAAUUCAUAGGGAAUUCCGUAAACCUCUCAUUGUGAUGUCCCCUAAGAAUUUACUUCGUCACAAGGAGUGCAAAUCAAAUUUAUCCGAGUUCGAUGAUGUUAAAGGACACCCAGGUUUUGACAAGCAAGGAACAAGAUUUAAACGUCUCAUAAAGGACCAAAAUAAUCACUCAGAUCUUGAAGAGGGUAUUAGACGUUUGGUUCUUUGCUCUGGAAAGAUUUACUAUGAGCUUGACGAAGAGAGGAAAAAAGUGAAUGGAAAAGAUGUCGCAAUUUGUAGGGUCGAGCAGCUUUGCCCCUUCCCGUUUGAUCUCAUCCAGCGUGAACUGAAACGAUACCCAAAUGCGGAGAUAGUGUGGUGCCAGGAAGAGCCCAUGAACAUGGGAGCAUACAGCCACAUCUUGCCACGUCUUGGAACUGCGAUGAAAGCUCUUGGUAGAGGUACUGUGGAUGACGUUAAGUACGCUGGCCGAGGUCCGUCUGCGGCGACUGCUACCGGAUUUUACCAAGUUCAUGUUAAGGAGCAGACUGAACUUGUCCAGAAAGCCUUGCAGCCUCAUCCAAUUACUUAGGUACAAAUAACACCUUCUGGAUUGAACCAACGGUGUGUUUCCGCCAUUUUUUGCCUUCCGUGAAACGUUGAAGCAGUCAUGAUUUUAGGCUGUUUCUGUAUUUGUGAAUAAAAUUUGUCGCUGAACUCAUUCAAGCGUCCUAAAAUGAGGAGUAUACAUUUUCUGCCCUAACGAAAUUGUGGACAGAUUGGUAAUAAUUCCUUAUUAUUAGUACAUGAUAAUAUCAAUCUUUUAAAGUUCUAUA